AGAGAAGCUGAGGGGUUUGGAGACUUGCAGCAGCAGAGGGCGAGAAUUGGUGCGCACUCAGUAGAGUUCGAUUACGGUUGUUGGAGUCGUUAGUUGGAGAUAGCGUAGCAGAUUGUGGUUGAUGUGUGCAAUUAGUGGAGAUGGAUGAUGUGGAGAGGAACUUCGAUUUCGGGGAGGAGGAUGACAAUGGUGCUGUCGUAAUAGCCAAGGGGAAAGAGCUGGAAAAUUCAUGGGCAGAGACUACACAAGAGGUGCAGAAGCAGAUGCAGCUCCUGGCUUCGUUCGGUACAGUGGGCGGAAUGGCUGAUGUCGCGAUGGUGCCACGGACGAAUGCGUUGUUGCAGGACCACAUCGCCAAGCUGCGAGCCCUAAUUGUGCGUUAUGAGAUGAUUGCUCAGCAGUACCCUACAGAGGAGGGAGUUCAGGCCAGUAUGAGGACUGUAAAUGAUUGGAAAGAUCAAAUUCAGGCAUUGCGAAUGAGCUCAAGAAAUGCUAAUCUUCAGGCCAAACGUAAUAUUGAUCAAGCUGUUAUGAGUGAGGUCAGAUCACGUUUCAUAAGGGAGCAGCUUCUUUCUGGUGGACAGGAUGCUGACCUUCGCCGCAAACAGUUGCAAACAAAAGCUGGAAUGACUUCUGCUGCCGAGGGCAUUACUGAUGGAUUGCGUCGCACCCGCCAAAUCAUGAUUCAGGAGGUGGAACGAAAUGCAGCUACUUUGGGUGUAUUAGAUCAAUCAAAUGCUACACUUAGGAAGGCAGACGCAGAGUACAAAGGUCAACGCUCUAUUUUAGGUGUCACUCGUUCCAAGAUAAACUCAAUGACCAGACAGGAUUUGAUUGACAGGGCAUUGGUGAUCUUCUUUGUCUUCGUCUUCAUCUCCGUGUGUUUCUAUAUUACUCUGAGGCGGUUGCCAAUUGUGAAGCAUUAUGUACGAGGGUCUUCUAUAUUGCCGUUGCAUCAGCCACUACUGAAGGAUUCUGCACCACCUCAUUCACCACCUUCAUAUCCCCAAGCUCCUCCUCGAGAUUCUUUGUCCAGAGGUGAAUUUCAUGAACCUGAUGUUUAUGACACUGCCCCACAGUUUCAUGAGCACCAGGGUGCUCAGUCCCAGGUUUUUACUGCUCGAGGUGCACCAGAAUAUGUCUUACAAACUGCACAUGACAGUGCAAAGGACCCUUGGUACCUUGAAGAGUUGUGAAACACGCCUUGUUGACCUUUGAGGUCAAACUCAGCAUCAAUAUCCUUGUUUUACUUUUAUUUUAUUUUGGAGUGUGAAUAUGUCAUUAAAACUUAAUGAAAAAUUAAAUGUUCUGUGUCUGGA